GCUGGUCAGCCCUCGGAUCCUGCGGGCGGCCUGCUGUCCACUGCUUCGCUGCCGGUGGGCCGGCUGGAGGAUGUCCUGAUGCGGCGCGCGGGGCCACUCGGCAUGGGCGGUAUGGGUGCCGCAGGAGGCCCCGAGGAGGCUGGCGGUGGCGGGGUCUUGGGCGAGGGCCAGGGCCAUCAAGGCGGCAGUAACAUGGCGGGUGUUGUGGCGGCCGCUGCUGCCCGAGCGGGUUAUGGUUCUGAAUCGCAGAUACCGCGUGUGUCUGGGCUGGGGCUGGGGUUGGGGGUUGGGCUGGGGCUUGAGCUGGGUCGAGAUGAGCGGCGAGGGAUGAGGUUGGGCUCUGCGGGCGAUGUGGAGGCAGCCCAGCGACACCGUCAGCUGGUCCAGCAACGUCAACAGCAGCAGUUGUUGAUGAGCCUGCAACAGCAGCAACUGCAGCAGCUGCAGCAACAGCAACAGCAGCAGCACCAACUGCAGCAACUCCAGCACCUGCAGCAGCUGCACCAACAACAGCAGCAGCUGCAGCUGCAGCCCUAUCAGUUACAGCAGGGCGUUGGGUACAGGCGCAUGCAAACGCAGCAGCAACAGCAGCAUGGGCCUUCCCUGCUGUUCCCGCAACUGCCUCAGCAGCAGCCUCAGGGUUUCCUGCCGCUGCCGGGUAUGUUUGGGCCAAGCCAGGAGAGCCCCCAAGCGCAGGGCUUGGUGCAGGGCGCCUGGCCUCCGUCUGCGAACUUGCAGCACAUGGCGGCAACCGGAAUGUACCUCGGCAACCCGAUGGGCCGGGAGCAGCCGCACCUGCUUCCCCGGCAGCCCCUCUACCACAUCCAGGAGCACCCGACCCCCCACCUCCACCACCACCACCUCCACCACCACCACCAGCAGUCGCCACAGCAACAGCCGCAAGCCAUGGACUUCCAACUGCAAGCAGAUGAGCACAUCGUGACACUGGCCGGCAGCAUUGGGGCCACCAGCAUGGAGGGCUUGUACGGCAGCUUGAGCCCGCAUGGCAUGGCAGGCGGCUUUGGCGAGGGGGCGCACUUGGGGCCGGGUCUCCAGCUGUCGCACCUUGCAUUAAAGCUGAGCCAUGCACGGCCGGAGGAUUUGCCUGGGGACCUGCAGGAGCGACUGGGCGGCAUGUUGGGGAGAGCGGGCGCGUCGGGACUGCCGCCCACCAUUCGGCAAGGUUGUGUGGAGGUUCUGGUGGAGGUAUUGCACAGCUGCUCGCAGUCCACCCUCCGCAACGAGCUGUUCGGCCUGGGGGGCCUGCUGGCGGAGAUGGGAGCCACUGCUAGUACUGGGGCUGGUGCUGGCGCUGUUGGCAGUGCAGGAGGCGGACCUGACGCUCUGGACGAGGUCCCGGAGGCGGCGGACGGGGUUCAGCUGGCGGCGGCGAGUGCGGCUGCUGCUGCCCGGGAGCGGCUCCGCGGGCUGGUGGGCAAGGAGACGUUUGACGGCUGCGAGCGAGUGACG